AUGCGACACGCUGCCUCCGCCGCUGCCACCGCCCCCCUGACGCACGGGGGAGCGGACGUGCCGGCUCAUAAUGCACUCGGCUGUGGGGUGGGGGGAGCGUCGCGGCGCAACAUUCAUAACUGCUGGAUUGAGCCAAACAUCCGGUAUGAAGAAUUCGAAAUGCCUUCCAAGAACCUGAAACACAUGAACAUGGGGUACAGCAAAUCGGAGGACGAGAAGGGCGUCGGCCCGGGGGACUUCGACGCCGGGACCCCCGAGUCGCUGCCCAGCCCGGAGCGGCCGCCGCUGCGACACAUCGACAAGUACGUCCGGCCAGAGUGUCCCUGCCUCACCAAGCGCUACACCAUCGCCCUGCUCACCUGCAUAGGUUUUAUCAUCUCCUUCGGCAUGAGAUGUAACAUGGGAAUGGCGAAACUGAAAAAAAUACACGGGAUGGCGGUGUUCAACUGGACGGUGGCCGUCGAGAGCGCCGUCGACUCUUCGUUCUUCUGGGGCUACCUGGUCACGCAGGUGCCCGGCGGUUUCCUGGCGUCCGCCUACCCAGCCAACAGGAUAUUCGGGACGGCGAUCGCCAUCUCGUCGUUCAUGAAUCUUCUGGUGCCGGGCGCGACGUCGCUUCACCCCGCCUGCGUCAUCAUCGUCAGGAUAUGCCAGGGCUUCGUCGAGGGCGUGACUUACCCGGCGUGCCACGGCAUCUGGCGCUUCUGGGCGCCGCCGCUGGAGCGCUCUCGGCUCGCGACGCUGGCCUUCUGCGGGUCGUACGCCGGCGUCGUGCUGGGCAUGCCGCUCUCCGGCAUGCUGGCGGGGGGCAUCAGCUGGCAGGCGCCCUUCUACUUCUACGGCGUGGUGGGCCUGCUGUGGUACUUGUUCUGGCUGUGGCUGAGCUUCGAGAAGCCGUCGAAGCACCCGAGCAUAUCGGCGCGCGAGCUGCAAUACAUCGAACAGUCGCUGGGGCAGUCGGUGAACCAGGCCAUGCCGACAAUGUCGACGACCCCUUGGGGCGCCUUCCUCACGUCGCUUCCCGUCUACGCCAUCGUCGUGGCCAACUUCUGCCGCUCCUGGAACUUCUACCUGCUCGUCCUCUUCCAGGCGCCCUAUCUCCAGAGCUCUUUCAACAUGACCAUAGAGGAGACGGGGUUCGUCGGCGCGCUGCCCCACUUGCUGAUGACGAUCAUCGUGCCCCUGGGAGGUAUGUUGGCAGACCACGUCCGCAAGAAGGGCUACCUGACCACCACCAAUGUGCGCAAGGUGUUCAACUGCGGCGGCUUCGGCAUGGAGGCGUGCUUCUUCAUGGUGGUGGCCUACGCGCAGACCAAAGUGGCCGCCACGGUAGCGCUCACCCUCGGCGUCGCUUUCAGCGGCUUCGCCAUCUCCGGGUUCAACGUGAACCACCUGGACAUCGCGCCACGCUACGCCAGUAUCCUGAUGGGCAUGUCCAACGGUAUUGGCACCAUCGCCGGCCUCAUCUGCCCCAUCGCCAUCGAUAACAUCACCAAAGACCACACGCGAGACAGCUGGAAGACUGUGUUCAUCAUGGCGGCGAUGGUGCACCUAUUCGGCGUGACGUUCUACGCGCUGUUCGCCUCCGGAGAGCUGCAGCCGUGGGCGGAGCCGGCGGCCGCGUCGCCCGCCGCAGACAAGAAGUGGAACCCCCUGGACGAGGCCUACCAGCUGGACCCCGGCCGGCAGCUGCCGCCCGCCGGCGACCAGCCGACCUCUCCGCCCCCACCUCCCGCCCCGGGCGUUCCACCCAAAAGGCCUCCUCCUCCGACGCAAAUGUCGACCGACAGCAUGACGCAGUCUGCCAGCUGGGGUCCCAACUACGGAGCAGUGGAACAGACGCUAGCAUCGCAACAACCGCCCCCUUUCUCCAACCACAUCGAGCCCGUGCAGCCAGAGAACAGAGACGCUUACUACAACUACGGGGACAAAGACAGCGGUUUCUAAGUGCAGAAAGUUACACAACUUUCUUCACCUACGCUGUUCGUGCGGCCUGAUUUGGCGAGGGAUUUUUAAUGUGAUAGCGAUAGAAAAUAGCGUCCAAGAAAAUCCACAAUCUCUUGUGAUUACUAAUAAAGAACAAAAGACGGUUGUUAGUAUGUUUUGUUUGGAGAGCAAUUCUAUAAUCGAGCAAUAAGCAAUACUUGUGCUUUGAUAUCUUGCUCUUGCAUGUAAUGUUAGAGUUGAAUGCGUGGGGACUGAAAUGCAGUAUUCUGUUUCUACUGUGACUUAUUUGUA